AUGAGUCGGCUGCUGCACUUGUCGGUUGAAUAUUAUUAUUACCCAGUCCUGGCAUCAAUUGGAGUACCGGUUAAUCUGCUGGCGAUUGUGGUCCUGUCCCGAGGAAAGUGCGGUCUCUCCAAAUGCAUCACUCGUUAUCUGGUGGCUAUGGCGACGGCGGACCUCACGGUGAUUGUCUGCGAAGUGAUUAUAAAUCGGAUUGCCGUUCUUUAUUGGUGGAACACAAUCCUGUACUACACUCCUGUGUGCAGGUGUAUUCUCUUCCUGUCCGCAGCGGCCGUAGACUGUUCCGUGUGGUUCACGGUCGCAUUCACAUUUGAUAGGUUUGUGGCCAUCUCCAAAGAGAAUCUGAGAUCCAGAUACUGCACCGAUAGAAUCGCGGCGGUGGUUAUGGUGACCCUGUGUACCUUCUUCUGUUUACAGAACGUUCCCUGGCCUUUCGCUUAUAAUUCUUUCCACAGGCAGAAUGGUUUACUGUGGGGCUGCCGAAUCCGAUCUGACUUAUAUUUCCUGCCCGCAUGGAUCGCAUUUUCUUGGUCUGAGCCGCUGUUGACCCCAGUGAUUCCAUUCUGUUUGAUUUUGCUCUUUAAUGCGCACACGGCGAGACGUAUUUUAAUGGCCAAUCGGGUCCGCAGGAGGCUCCGCGAUCUCAGUCGUGGAGACCCGGAGACGGAAAGCCGUAAACGGUCAAUAAUUUUACUCUUUGCAAUUUCCAGCAGCUUUAUCCUGCUCUGGGUCACAACUAUAUCUCAUUUUGUUUACUAUCGAUGUGUCAACGGAUUUUGGGUGCGAGGCUUCACAAACACAUAUGCAAAAUUUGAAAAAAUUGGAGUUCUGCUGCAGCUGCUGAACACGUGUACAAACACACUGAUUUACACCGUCACCCAGGGGAAGUUCAGAGAGCAGCUCCUUCACGCACUUCAAUGGCCCGUCGCGCUAACUGGAAAGUUUGUGCAAAAUGUCAAAUCAUUUUUUAAAUGA